AGGAAGCGGGGGGCGGCCCGGCCCGGCCGUGCUGGGAUUUGUAGUUCGCAGCGGGUUCGGCCCUGCCCCGGCUCUUCCCGCGGGACUGCGGCUCGCAGCCGGACACGGCGCAGGGAGACGGGACCGGCCCCGGCCGCAGCAGCUGGGAGCAGAGAUGGACAAGAUACUGGAAGCCGUGGUGAUGUCCUCAUACCCCAACAACGUGAAGCAAGGGCUCGUGAGGCGCGUCAUUGAGGCAGCGAAGCAGCCCAUGGACAGCGAGCAAUGCUGGUCCAUGCUGGAGCUGUCUACCAAGCUUUAUCUCACAGGGGACACCAAGUAUAAAAGAGAGAUUGGGAAAGAGGUUUUGGAGGUCUAUGGCCACUAUCACCCAGAGGAAUUUGAGGAGUUCUUCAACGUCCGCUUCCUGCUGAGUCUCCUUCAGGAAGGUUAUGGACCUCUGGGGAAGAGAAGCCAUUAUGUACUCGAUUAUAUCCAAUUAGGACUGCAGUUUGUGCUGGACAGCCCAUCAGCAAACAGCAUCUUCAGCUUACUGAGGAUCGAGGUGCUCCGGAAAGUCUGCGAGAGACCGAGCCCCAAGCAGUGUGCGAAGAUCAGCAAACUCUUAACCCAGCAUCCUCAGUGCAUUCCCACUGGGAAACACCAGGUCUUGUUCUGUCAGCAGCUGAUCCGGUGCAUUGGGCAGUUCCAGUGUGUUUCCGAGGGGGAAGAAGCCAUCAUGGAGUUCUUGGAGCAGGUGAACAAAGUGAGUGGUCUGCUGCAGAGGAUCUGGAGGGCUCAAACCUCAGCCAUCCUGCCCUCUUUGAAGGAGCUGUUCACCAUCAUUUCUUCAACAGAGGAGCAGGAAGCACCAUCCAAUGCCUUGGCCAGCGUGGUCCAGUUUGUGCCUCUGGAGCUUAUGGAUGGUGUUAUAAGAAACCUAACCAACGAUGACAGCAUCACUGAUGUGCAAAUGAUGACGGCCAUUGGCAGGAUGAUCGACUGGGUGUCCUGGCCCCUGGGCAAGCACAUAGACAAGUGGAUCAUCGCUCUGCUGAAGGGUUUGGCUGCAGUGAAAAAGUUCAGCAUCUUGAUUGAAGUUACUCUUUCUAAGAUUGAAAAGGUCUUCUCCAAGUUGCUGUACCCCAUCGUGAGGGAGGGGGCUUUGUCCGUCCUGCAGUACAUGCUGCUGAGCUUCCAGCACUCCCACGAGGCAUUUCACUUGCUGCUCCCUCACAUCCCCAGGCUGGUGGCCUCUCUGAAGAAGGAGGACUCCAAUUCUGCCACCAGCUCCCUGGAGCAGCUGGCUGAGCUCAUCCACUGCAUGUUCUUCCGCUUCUCAGGAUUUCCUGAUCUCUAUGAACCAGUCCUGGAAGCAGUUAAGGCUCUUCCUGUUCCAAAUGAAGACCGGAUUAAACAUCUCCUGGGACAGAAUGCCUGGACCUCGCAGAAGAACGAGCUGGCCUGCUUCUACCCACGCCUGGCAUCCAAAUCAGAGACGGGAAAGAUCGGGUUAAUAAACUUGGGAAACACCUGCUACAUGAACAGCAUCAUACAGUCUCUUUUCAUGGCUUCAGACUUUCGGCAUUCGGUGUUGAGUCUGACCGAGGGCAACUCCCAGCCUCUGAUGACAAAGCUCCAGUGGCUCUUUGCGUUUUUGGAGCACAGUCAGCGACCUGCCAUCUCACCCGAGAGUUUCCUCUCUGCCUCCUGGCCCCCCUGGUUCACCCCUGGUGCUCAGCAGGACUGCUCGGAGUAUCUCAAGUACCUGUUGGACCGGUUACAUGAAGAAGAAAAGACUGGGAAAAGGAUCUACCAGAAACUCAAGGAAUCCAGCUUAAUGUCCCAGGCAGUGGAGCGUCAUUACUUAAACAAGACACUGAUUGAGAAGAUGUUUGGGGGUAAAAUGAUGACAAAGAUCCGCUGCUUGAAGUGUCUGAAUGUCUCCUCCCGGGAAGAAGCCUUCACAGACCUGUCCUUGGCUUUCCCCCCAUCGGACAGGCACAUCCGUAGGAGCACAUCUGUUUUACCUGUGGAAGAAAUCGGCCCACAGCUUAUUGAGCCUCCUGAAAACCCAAGCCAGCUUACGGGGUCUCCUUGGAUCCAGAGGAAGGCCCCUAUGGCCCGAGAACCUGCAGCUCCACCAAUGCCAGUGGAAACAUUGGGUUUCCAGGAGCCGGGAGAAGUGGCAAACCCCUUAAGUGGCAAUGCCAUUGGCUUGGAUGCAGCCAAAGACCCAAUCUCAUCCAAAGACUCUAGAUCCGUCCCGGAUUUAAUCAACUAUUUUCUAUCCCCGGAGAGGCUGACAGCAGAGAACAAAUACCACUGUGAGAAAUGUGCAUCCCUGCAGGAUGCUGAGAAGGUGGCAGAGCUGACGGAGGGUCCACACUACCUCAUCCUCACGCUGCUCCGGUUCUCCUUUGACCCACGGACUAUGAAGAGGAAGAAGAUCCUGGACAACGUCUCCAUCCCCGUGGUCCUCAAGCUUCCCAUCCUUGUCGCCCCAGAGGAAUCCAAGGAGGUUUGCUGGCAUGGGAAAGACAGGGCUGCCCCAGGAAGUGGCUUCAUGUCUGUUGUGUAUGACCUCUGCAGUGUGGUGGUGCAUUCAGGCAUCUCCUCUGAGAGUGGCCACUACUAUUGCUACUCCAGGGAGUGCACUGACACUGUCCCCCAUGGGCAGCCCCGGGAUGGGGCACCAAAACCAGCCUUUGACAAGCAGUUGGACUUUGAAAUCCAGUGGUACCUCUUCAAUGACACCAGAGUUUCCUUCUCCUCCUUUGAAUCCGUCAGCAACGUCACCUCUUUCUUCCCCAAGGACACUGCCUAUGUCCUGUUCUACAGGCAGCGCCCGGGCAGGCAGAGCUGCCUGCUGCAUGAGGCUCUGGCCGAGGCGGGCCACCUGCAUGGAGAACCUUCCCUCCAUAAGGACUUGAUGGAAGCCAUUUCCAAAGAUAACAUCCUCUACUUGCAGGAGCAGGAAAAAGAAGCCAGGAACAGAGCCGCCUACAUUUCUGCCUUGCCAAAAUCCCCACUGUGGUGGAGAGACUUUGACAGGGAUAAGGAUGAUGACAACUCCUCGGGGGGCUGCAGCCCUGCGGCGGGUGGUGGUGGAUCCGGCUCCUUUCAUGGCCUCGUCUUCUAGCCAAUGGGUUAAACCAGAUAAUCGAUGUCCAUGGGGACAACCUGAAGCCAGAGGUUCCUCUUCCUCGCCUUGAUGACAGUGAGCAUCUUGGAGGAAGAUUUAGAGAACAUUUAAAUGGAAAAGGACUCAGGGGUUGAUUUGGAGGCGCCCGGAGGUUCCCACUGCUUCCUAUGCACUUGGUCUUCACGCCUUAAUGUAACUAAGCUAAUGCAGAGAUGAGCAGCUGCUGACAGCUCGGAGAAGUGCCCUUUUGCUUCAGCAUAGCCGUGUCUUGCCCGCUGUGAGCCAUGCCACCAGCCUGGGGAGAGGAUGGGGACAGGGAUGAAGAUGGACCCAGUGGGGCAGGGAUGGAGAUCUCCCAGUGCACAUCCCGUCUACAGCUGUGAGUUGGUUUGGGGGAGACCUCUUGUUGUUUGUCAGUUCUUUUAAUGUGGUUUUGAGAACUUGACAUACCUCUAAAGGUAGAAAAAGGCUAAAAAACACCAAGCAGCCAACAUGGCAACACUGAUCUUGUGGGGUGGUGAGCUUGUAAACCUGUUUGGUCACAGUGAGCAGUGGCAGGUCAACCCAGAAGUACAAAUCCCUCCAGCCAAGAGAGACUGAUGUGGUCUGGUUGGGUUUCUAGGUCUCCAGCAAAGGCCAGUUGUGUUACUGGUGACCUCUGGAUGCUGUUAGUGAUGCUGUUGGUGUACGCAACAGGCCCAGAUGCACAGCUGUUCUUCCAGAUGUGUCUUUAAGACUCAGCCUCUUCCUGCUGCUGUCAUCUCACGGCUUUCUGGGCUGGAUCUGCCCUUUAAAACUUGGGCUUCCCACUGGAAUACCUGGAACUGAGCAGCAAAUGACAGCCACCCUAAACCCACUAACCCAAAAAUGCUGAUUUAGAAGGAGAGAGGCCCAACCAGAUAUAUUCUAUCAACCCAGUAUAAAUACAAACUACAUAAAGCAAUCUGAUAUAUAAAUCAGCAACGGGACAGGGGUGAUUUUGGUGGCAUGUGACCAACCCAAGCCUUGGGCCAUGUGGCUAUAGGACCACAGCUCCCUCCCAUGUCCCUCGCCAGCCGUUGUCCCUGCCUGCUCCUCCCUUGCGCCAGUAGUAGAGAUUUCUCUAGCUCAAGUGGCAGAAACUUGUGCCUUAGGUCCUGUGUGCAGGGCCUAAUCCUGACCAUGGCGUAUUGGGGUGGGAAUAUUGUAUUGCCAUGGAGGAAAAGGUGAAGCACAGAGGUUGUUACAGAUAAGGUGAACAGAAAGUCUGCUAGAGAGGACACUUGGGAUCAGAUCUCUGGCGUGUACGAUCAUAUUCUUUUAUUGCCUUUCCUAUAUACAAAUAAAGGAAAUGAAUGAAUUCAA